AUGUGUAUUUAUCCUAGUGAUAAACCAGGAGAAGCAUGUGGUAAACUUGAUUCAAAUCAAUUGACUAAUGAUGAACAACAAGAAAUCUUACAGGCUCAUAAUGAUUUUCGUGCAAAAGUUGCAAGUGGACAAGAAACACGUGGUUUAGGUGGUGGACAACCUGCCGGAGAUAUUCCACCACUUGCUUGGGAUGAUGGUUUAGCUGAAGUGGCCCAGCGUUGGGCAACUCAAUGUAUUGUCAAACACGAUGAUUGUUCUAAUACUGCGGGCCAAAAUAUUGCCAGUAAAUCGGCUUCUAAUGGAUACUUUGUAACCAUGACCGAUCUUGUGACAAUGUGGUUUAAUGAAGUCAAAAACAUGGAUCCACAAAAUGUUAAACAUCAUGUAGAUUCAGAUGAUACUGGUCACUACACUCAACUAGUUUGGGGAACAACAACUCAUAUUGGUUGUGGUGUUGCUAAAUAUAAAGAAGGCAUGUGGUACAACACUUAUUUAGUGUGCAAUUAUGGACCAGGAGGUAACUUGCCGGGUGCACCGGUCUAUCAAACUGUCUAA